AUGACAGACAAGGUUGCCGUCGCUUCUCCUUGGCAGAUCGCCUACAGACAGACUCACUUACCUGAUUGUGGUGCGGCAAACGUACCGUGCAAAGCCGGUCUCGCUGAUUUUCUCGCAGCCGUUGACCCUGCUGAAGGACGACAACGUCCAGUAUCUGCUGCUGGCGCUCGUGUUCCGGGUGUUUUCCGCGCGCAGCGGAAACUCCUCGACGCUGUAUCCGUUUGCGGUGUUUGCGUUUUUCCACUGUCUGAGCUACGUGAACACGAACGUGAUUGGCUUUGUGCCUUUCUUCACCAAAGACCAGAAAGCCCGCUACAAGGCCGCAAUCGGCCACUUUCUGAAGACGUACAACGAGCAGUCGCUUCUCGUUGCCGCCCACAUGGAGGUGCUGCUUGUCACGACGUACGUGCUGCCGCUGGCGAAAAUGGUGAUUUUCUUGCAGCUGCUGCGUCCGGCGUAUUUUGUGCGAAACCUGCAGACUCUGGCACUGGUGGCCGCCCUGGUGGUGUUCAACAAGCUCAGAUUCGACCAGUCCAAGUACACGCGGGCCCUGGUGACGCAGUACGACGCGCGCCUCGUCCAGACGCUCUCGCUGCCGGUGGUGCCGCCCGCGGUGCGAAACACGGUGUUUGCUCUGCGCAACACCCUCGUCCACUCUUUGGCCAAGAUCCGCCUGCCGCGAAAGUGAGAGCAGUAGUCUGUGUACAUUACACCUCGCACCAGCACCAUCAGGCCGUAAAUCGAAACAGAUUUAAUUCUCUUGUCUCCAUGGUAUCGUACCUCAACAUCCCCUCGAACGAGGAUCCGAGCACGUACGUGUCGUUCCCGCCGUGCGCGCACCUGUCGCGGGUGCUGGCGUCGGCCGACGGCGAGGCCGUGCUGAAAACAUACAACACCGCCAUGAAAAUCUGCCUCCUAGCAAUGCCUGUCCACGAGGACAGGGCGUAUCUUGCCCAGGACGGCACGAAAGUGCACCACGAGGAGCUGGUGCGGCUGCGGGCGCAGAUCGUGCGCUGCGGUAGCUGCCACGCGGCAUCCAACGUUUUCAUGUGUCUGGAGUGCUCGUUUGUCGGGUGUUAUCGACACCGCCACGCGAGCGAGCACGCCAGCGCCCACAACCACGCAUUUGGCAUCAGCCCGCACUCCGGCGACCUCAUCUGCUGGCCGUGCGAGAGCUUUGUGAGCGAUCCGUCGCUCGAGCGCAUCAGGAUUAACCAGAUCAUCCACUCGAAAAAGGUUGCCAACUUCCCCGGGAUGCCCAUCUUCCAGCACGAGCACGACGCGGAAAAGCAGCGGCAGAUCGUCGCGGGGUCGCGUGCGCCGUGUUUCCGCGCGUCCACGGGGCUCAAGGGCUUUGUCAACAUGGGGUCCACCUGUUUCAUGAGCUCUGUUCUGCAGACGCUGAUCCACAACCCCUUCAUCAGAGACUACUUUCUGGCCGGAAACCACGGCGACUGCAGCAGGAUGGGCGCCGAGUGCCUGUCGUGCUCUGUGGCCGACAUUUUCCAGGACUUCUAUUCGUCGCCGAGCGCUGCCGGCUACGGCCCCGUCUCGCUGCUCACCGCCGCCUGGAAGGUGAAGCGGUCGCUGGCCGGGUACUCCGAGCAGGACGCGCACGAGUUCUGGCAGUUUCUGCUCCACCAGCUGCAUAAGAACGACACCAAGAAGUCCAAGGCCUACAAGGAACACACCCCGGCCCCGGAGGACCAGCAGUCCCCGGCGCAUGGCUCGUGCAACUGCAUCAUCCACCGCACGUUUGCCGGCGAGCUGCAGUCCUCCAUCAGGUGCAAGGACUGCCGCAACACAACCGUCACCGUCGACCCGAUGCUCGACCUGUCGCUAGAGAUCCAGGAAAAGCACACAGACGGCUCCAAGACCGCCAUCCCGAGCCUGGAAGCCUGUCUCGACGUGUUCACCAAGCCAGAGCAGCUGGACGCGACCUACAGCUGCUCCUCGUGCCACAAACAGACAAAAGUCACCAAACAGCUCAAAAUAAAGAAACUGCCGCGGACGCUCGGCAUCCAGCUCAAGCGGUUCGAGCAUCUCGCGACGUCCACGAAGGUGGACACACACGUGCAGAUCCCGCUUUUCCUCAACAUGUCCGACUACGUGCUGGCCAGCAGCAGGCCGCAUUACGGCCAGAACCUGUACGAGCUGUUUGCCGUCGUGUGCCACAUAGGGUCGGCCAGCACGGGCCACUACAUCUGCAUGGUCAAGGCGCGCUCGGGCGCGUGGUUCAUGUUCAACGACGCUACGGUGACCAAGGUGUCGCAGCAGGACGUUCUCAACUCGCGUGCUUACCUUCUCUAUUACAUAAUCCACGAGAUGGCCUAG